AUGAAAAAAUUCAAUAACCAAUCCCCCCAAAGUCCCAAAAAUGAAGCAGAAUCAGCUAAAGCACCGACAAAUGGCAGUGAAAUAAAAUAUGUGAGAACGCAAUCGUAUCCAUCAACAAGUAGAAAUUUAGUGGAACACGUAGCGACAGUUUCUAGUCAAAUCAGUGAUAAAGAAUAUUUGAGUCAUAUAAAGCGAGAAUACAAAGGUGCAAGUAUGGGUCGGAAGCCAUCAAUGAAACGUCAGCCAUCAAUGAGUGGUGACAACAAGAAAACACGUUGGUUGUUGACACGCAAGACAUGGCGUUACAUGGCAGAUGCUGGUCGAAAAUUGAUUCCCGAAGGUGUUCAGAACAAACCCGAGAAUAUCGAAAAGAUUGAAGAACAUUUUCAGAAACUCUGUCAACAAGAGAAAAAAUUUCUAAUCUGGAGACGAAAGUUGUCUUAUCCCGGUGCUUCAGGAAGCUUUCGAAGAAAAAAUAAAAACAAGGUCAGCAAACGACCAGCAACAUUGAGCAGUCCGCCCACUGGAAGUUCCGCUGAUGAAUGCGACGAUGAACGACCAAGAGGAAAAAGUACUGAUGAUCUCAUCAUUAAAAUGCUGGAAAAGUAUUUAAGCAUCAACUCUGACAUUGAAGAGAGUGAGAGUGAACAACAGCAAAAAAAUUCGUCGUCCAUAAGAGAAAUCAACAACAACAACAGCAGCAGCAUCGCCACAUAUAAUAACAAUAAUGAAUCUCUUAAAAGCUUUGACAAUGAGCCAUCAACAAGUGACAUGUCAAGAUUUUCUGCCACUGGAGAGAGAAGUAUGAAUAAAAAAUUAGUUGGAAAAACUGCUUCAAGGAACACAGCUGCUGUUGCUUCUACUUCUACAUCUUCCGCGAUGCCAUCAGCAUCAAACUUAUCAGCUUCACCCAGCAAUGUUUCUCCAGAUGCAUUUGAUGUCACAAAAUCAAAUGUUCAAGAUCACAGUAUUUGGCAUCCAGUUCCUGGUAAUGACAGCAUUCAUACAUCGUUGCUUCUUGAUACUCUGAAGCAAUAUCGGAAAAAGAAUUAUUCGCCUUAUCUUGAGAGUGAUGAAAUUUCUGCUGAUCUGCUUAAGGAUAAAGUUUUACUUAGGAAAAUCCUUAACGAUAUUAGAACACAACAAAAGUAUUCAAAAUCAAUUCCACGUACUGAAUCGACACGAUCACUAAACAUCGCUUAUUCGUCAUCAAUGUCUUCACUUACCAGCACAAUUUCAUCAACAUUUCACAAUUUUGUUGAUUAUAUUGACACAAAGACAAAAGGAACAUUGCGUGGACAUGGUGAGAGUGGAAGUCAUAGGAAUAGAUCAGGAGUUGAGUUCAGUAUGGCAUCACAAGCCUCGUACUCAUCGUCACAAUCUCGUUCUUUCAACUCUUCGUCGAUGCUAUCGAAACCUCAUCAAAUUUAUUCUCAACAAAAACAAAUUUUCGCUAAUCAACAGCAACAACAAUUGUAUCAACAGCAACAGCAGCAAUAUCCGUCACUAAGAUCCACAAGAACAGUUUCGACGACGUUGAAAACAAUCACGAAGACAACUUCAACUACAAAAGCAUCAUCAUCAAAGCCAUCAACAGACUCUUCGAGCUCGCCAGUAAGUCCAACAUCACCACCUGGUAUUUUGAAGAAUGUUUCGAAAAAACAGCCAAAAACUUUCAAAGCAGGAGAAGUGCAAACGGAUGGAAUCCCGUUGAGUACACUUAACAUCUUAUUUAAUGAAUAUAAGAAGCAAGUUGAGAUUGAACGACAAGAGGAAGAAGACGCACAAGCUGACGCUAGUCGAGGUAGUCGAAAACCAAGUAUCGACAACAAAGAUGUAUCUCAAUCAGUCAGCGAUACGAUCAAAAGAUAUUUGAUGAUGGCGCGCAAGAAGCCGAAAGAUAAUGACGCCGCGAAUCGUUUUAAACGAGUUAACUAUGACAGAAAUUUGAGAAACAUCAAAGCCAAGGGCGAAAUCACAAAGCCUGGUGAUGAUGAUGGAUUGAUGAAAGGUUGUCAAACCGAUAGUGAUUGGUUGGAAGUAUUGUUUGGGAAUUCUGAAGAACUGAAUCGUUGUUGCACGUCACCAAUUAUUGCGCCUAUUAUACCUGCAUCUCCACCCUCCCAUUCUCCCUCCCCCUCUUCUCCCACAUCUCCCACAGGAAUCAUUCAAAGUAGCACACAAUUCUUAUCGAAUCUCUUUAAUCAUAACACUAAUAAUCAAUCAAAUUCUCCCACACCAUCAAACUCAUCAACUUCAACUGUCGUCGCAUCAAACAACAGUUCAGCAAUGCAAAAAUCAAAGUCAUCGUCAAAUGUUGGACAUUUGAUGUCAAAGAAGAUAUCCCGCUCGCGUUCCAAGAGUCAAACAAGAACGCAAGCCAAUCAAACGUUGGUGCCAUCAACGUCUAAUGUCAAGCCAAUUUGGAUACCUCAGGGGAAUGGUGUCUGGGUAGCGAACAAUGGCAAGCGCGUUCAACUUAGAGAUGUUUUCUUGCCAAGUCUGACUGAGGUUGAGAGGGUGGUGCUUGAGAAGCAAGCGCAGGAAAAGAUUCUUCAACUAGGAAUUACGCUUACACCUCAAGAGUCCAAUCAAAACUCACAAAAACCUCAUAAACGAAGGGUAUUAUUACUUAAGAGAAAAGCUGUGACAACAGGAAUUUUUGAUGGAAAAGGAAAGGAAGAUUAUUCCAAAGGUGGUUUAGUAUUCGGUUUGCCUCUCGAGCAAUGUAUAGAAAAUGAUCAUAAUCGUUCAAAGGAGAAGAAAGAAUCGCGAAGUUCAAGAAGUUCAUUAAGUUCCUUGCUUGAUCAUCAACAUCGUGACAAUUCUGGUUCAUGUGAAUCACUUCCUGCUAAGACCGACGCCGAGUAUUUGCAUAACACAUUUUUACCUCUUUUUCAUACUAAUAUUGAUCGCCGAAGUAGUCACGAUGAUGAUGAGCUUCACGCUUCAAACAUACCUGGUGUUCAUAGUCAACUUCAACAAGUUCCUUCCAUUGUCUUAACAUGUACGAAAAAUCUUGAAGAGAAUGGACUUUCAACUGUCGGAAUCUUCAGAGUAAGCACUUCAAAGAAACGAGUUAGACAAUUAAGAGAAGAUUUUGAUAAAGGUGUGGUAACAACCAUUGAUCCCGACGUCUGUCCACAUGAUAUUGCAACACUUUUAAAAGAAUUCUUUCGUGAUCUUCCCGAGCCACUCUUAUGCAGGCAUUUAUAUAAAGCAUUCUUGCAAACACAAUCAAUCAGAAAUCGAAGAUUACAACUUGAAGGCAUCUCACACAUGAUUCAUCUUCUUCCUGUUGCACAUCGUGAUACUCUUUAUGUUCUUUUAAAAUUCUUAGGAAAAGUCGCACGAGCUGCAAAUGAUACGAAAACCUACGAUGGUCAAAUUCUUUCCAAUGGUAAUAAAAUGGACAGCACGAAUUUAGCAACAAUUUUUGCACCGAACAUUCUUCAUAACAUUAAAUCGGAUCAAUUUGAAGAACAAGAAAUGGCUGAGAGAGCUGAUGUUAUCAAUAUCAUAAGAAUAAUGAUUGAUCAUUAUGAGGACUUGUUCAUUGUGUCAUCUGAAGACAUGAAUGAAAUUUACACAACAAUGAUGGACGUGUAUCCAGUGCAACUUGAUUAUCUUCUUGAUCGAUUAUACAUGAGACAAGAAGAGGAUAUUGAUAGCGGCAGUUCUAUUCCACCUCUAAGUCCGCCUUACAAUCCACAACAUCAUGCUGUGUUCUCAGACGAUGAAAAAGUUUAUUCACCAUCAUCAUCUUCAGCUACUACAACAAUUUCUCUUAUUGAGAUGCCUAAAAAAGUUGUCUACUCAAGAGAAGAUAUUCUUCAUGAGAAUGCUGGUAAAGGUGGAAUUCAUUCAGCGAGAAGAACUAAAGAUCGAGAAAUCCGUGCGAAAAUGAAGUUUCAAGAUCCUGAAAAACCAUUACGAAGAAGAAGACAAAGUGAUCGAACAGAGUCAGGAGACUUAUCGUCAUCAUCUUCGACUCAUGAAAGCUAUCAAUUAUCAUCAGGGAUAUCAGUUGGUGGUGAUCGUGACUUUUACAUUCACACAAUGUCUUCAAACGAUGCAAACAAAACUCGAAGUUCAUCAAUUGAUUCAAAUGCUUCGGAUGUGUUUGAAACUGCACAACGUCGAAUGUCGUCACCUUUAUCGUCUUCAACACAUGGUGCUGGUGUUGUUACUGCCAGUUUAAAAAUCCCAGUACAAAGUUCAGCUCAAGUGACGGGAAUCACGAGUGGUGUUCAUGGACAAAAUAUCCAAUUUUAUCUUCAUGAGAAGCCGGGACAUAACAUUGGUGAUAACAUCACUGACAUCCCUUUCAUUGAAGAUCCAAGCACAAGCUUUGAUUUCUCAGAUGAAGUUUUGCGUAAACAUGUCCAACCAACAAUCUUCCCUCAUCGCCCUCAGUCAGUCACUGUCACAACAAAAAGAUUAGAUGAGGUUCAAACAGUUCACAAUCCACAGCGGGACGAUUCGAGACGUUCAUCUAAAUCUUUAUCGAGCUCAAAAGAUCUGACGCCAAGAAGUUCAGCAAAAAAAUUAGAUGUCCGUAAGCCGAGUGUCACUAAAAUUCAAAUGUCAUCAUCAACAAGUCAAAUUCCACCGUUGUCACCAACUGGUACAUCUUCGAAGGCUGUGAGAGAAUCAAAUUAUACGCCGAGCAUUUCUUCAAUAGGCUCGAAUGUGUUGAGAAGUAAAACAGCGGAUUUUGAAAGAAUUUUAAGUGAUCAAAAUAAGAAAUCAAGAAUUUCUGCUGCUGCCUUAAAUUUACCUUCACUUCAAACGUCGCAUAAUGUUCAAAGUUUACAAGCGAAAAUACAACCUUCAAGUCCAACUGUUACUAAUAUAAAUAUCUCCUUGAAAACAACAUCUUCGAAGAAAAAGUCAGGCAAUGUAGAAGAAAUUCGUAACAUAAAAAUGAGUGAUUUACCAGCUCCCUUACAAAAGUUAUUUGCUCACAUCGAUGCAAACAAAACAAAGUACAUCGAAACAUUGCGUGAAGCUGUCGCAAUUAAAUCUGUUUCAGCAUGGCCUGACUCACGACCAGAUUGUCAACGAAUGAUGGAUUGGGCACAAAAACGUUUGGAAGCAAUUGGAACAACGGUUGAACAAGUCGAUGUCGGUUCUCAAACACUUCCAGAUGGAAAAAUAUUAAAACUUCCAAAUGUCAUAAUGGGCGUUUUGGGAAACGAUCCCGCAAAGAAAACUGUCGCCAUUUAUGGACAUUUGGAUGUUCAACCAGCACUGAUUGAAGAUGGUUGGGACUCUCAACCAUUCGUUUUAACUGAACGUAAUGGAAAGUUGUACGGAAGAGGAUCAAGUGAUGACAAAGGCCCUGUUCUUGGAUGGAUUCAUGCUGUUGAGGGAUAUCAAAAAUGUGGAUUGGAUGUUCCCGUAAAUAUCAAAUUUGUUUUCGAAGGAAUGGAAGAAUCUGGAAGUGAAGGUCUUGAUGAAUUACUCCAUGCACGUAAAGAUUUCUUUAGUGAUGUUGAUUAUGUUUGUAUUUCCGAUAAUUAUUGGCUUGGUACAAACCAGCCUUGCAUCACUUACGGGUUACGUGGAAUUUGUUAUUUCUCUCUGGAAGUUGAAUGUGCUUCAAAGGAUUUGCAUAGUGGAGUUUUUGGUGGUACCGUCCAUGAAGCAAUGACUGACUUAAUCCAUUUAAUGGGAACGCUUGUUGAUAAAGACGGACGUAUUCUUGUGCCGAACAUUUAUAGAGAAGUCGCUCCCUUAUUGCCAAACGAAAAAGACAUGUACGAGAAGAUUGUGUUCGAUGUCGAUGCUUAUCGUAAUGAUAUGGGAACGACUAAGUUGAUGCACAAUGAAGAGAAGACUGCUUUGUUGAUGCAUCGUUGGAGAUAUCCAUCAUUAUCACUUCAUGGCAUUGAAGGUGCUUUCAGUGAUCCUGGACAGAAGACAGUCAUCCCACGGAAAGUUAUUGGAAAGUUUUCAAUUCGCGCUGUUCCCGAUCAAACGCCAGAAAACAUCGAGAAGUAUGUCAUUGAUUAUUUGAAUCAGAAAUGGUCUGAAUGGGGAUCUCCAAAUAAAAUGAAAUGUUAUCUGGCACAUGGUGGUAGACCCUGGACUGAAAAUCCUAAUCAUCCCCAUUAUCAAGCUGCUGCCAAAGCAACACGACAUGUUUACAAAGUUGAACCUGAUUUCACUCGUGAAGGUGGAUCAAUUCCUGUGACCUUAACAUUACAAGAAGUCACAGGCAAAAAUACUAUUCUUUUGCCGAUGGGAUGUGGUGAUGAUGGAGCUCAUAGUCAAAAUGAGAAACUUGACAUUCGCAACUACAUUGAAGGAUCAAAAUUAUUAGGCGCAUAUUUAAAUAUGGAAGAGGAAAAUCAAUCUAACAAAACUAUUACGGUGAAAGUUAAAACUCUUGAUUCGCAAAAUCACGAUUUCACGGUAGACGAAAAUUUGUCAGUGAAAGAAUUUAAGGAGCAUAUUGCUGAUAAAGUUAACAUAAGUGCAGACUUGCAGCGGUUAAUUUAUUGCGGUCGCGUCUUAAACGAUGAGAAGCCAUUGAAAGAAUAUGAUGUGAAUGGGAAAUGCCUUCAUUUGGUUCAACGUGCGCCACCUUCAUCGAUCCCUCCAUCAGCAGGCACGACAGAUUCCUUUGGACCACGUUUCGGUCCAAGACCAGUGAUUGGGGAUCUCGGAGACUUGGAGAAUUUAAUGAUGGGGAGUUUCUCAAUACCAGUGGCUGGAAAUAUUGUCGGUCCACCACACACUACAACAUCUUUAAAUCCAUCGUCGACACUUUGCGGCAACCGCAUUACAGUAGCACGUCACAUGCUGCAAUGUGCUGAUAAUAUUGCUGCUUAUCUUGAGAACCCAGAGAAUGGACUGAAUAAUCAAAACAUGGACUUAUUAGCUCAACAAACAAUGGAGUCAACUGUAUUGGAAGUCGGAAUUUCGGCAGUCACUGAUGCUGAACUUCCACAACAAGAUGUGCAAAAUAUUGUGCAAGCAUUUCAAGGAGCUGUUUCGGCGGCAUUUCGUCAAAAUGGUAUUAACAACAUUACAGUUCAACAGAAUGGAGCAUCGUCUGGAAUUCAAGUUGUUGGAACGAUUCCAAAUUCAACACAACCGGCAAACACAACAUCAGCGUCAUCGUCAAUUACAAUCGAGUUCCCUUCAAAUCCACUUUCUGAUAUUUCAUUACGACCUGAGCGAGUUGCAUCUCGUGAGAAUGCGGAAUCAUCAACAACAUCUUCGACGACAACAACCACGACGUCUUCCCAGCAAUCAACAACGGGAACAUCACCGAAUUCUCGUCGACAACAAACAACAAGCACACAAACAUUAGGAGAAGUUGUUAGUCAAAUGCAAUCCGUUCAACGUCGUUUGGAUCCAUUUAUUCAACAAUAUUAUGACAUUCUUAAUGACGAUCCAACAUAUCCCGACGAUACAGCACGUGAGAAUGCUCAGAGAAUAUUUGACAGAGUCUCGGAAGCUUUGCAUUACAUGUCACAUGCUCAACAUGCGAUUUCCGAUUUAAUGUUAGACUUGAACCUGCAAUCGCCACGACAUUUAUGUUGUCGUCCUAUUUUGGUUGAACAAAGUGCAUUCGUGAGUUCAGGAAUUGCAGCACCGACAGCUGUUGGGGUUGGGAGUAUCAACAUUGGUCCAAUAUUUGCACGUGGAGGUAUGCCACAACCAGGAGCAGGUGGUGGAGCUGGCAAUAACAAUAUCAACAAUAACAAUAAUAAUAAUAAUAUAAACAACAAUAUUAUUAAUAACAAUGCUGGAAAUAUUGCCAAUAACAUAAGUCAACUGGCGGCACAAAAUGUCAACACAAGCAAUGCAAGUAGUGGUAAGUUUUUGAUAAUUGAAAUGAAUGGAAGAAGUGACGAUAGAAAUUUGUUUCCAGCUGCAAAUUUAGCAUCAUCACUUUUGUCUGCAAUUGGCUUAUUACCAACUCAGCAACAGCAGCAACAAGCAGGAACAGCACCAAUAACAACAGCAGAAAGCACUCCACCGAUAUCAACAGCAACAACAGCACAAUCAACAAAUAAUCAAUCAACUAACAGCACUCACACAACAACCAAUACAACCGCCUCAACUGGAUCAAUAAAUCACGAUCAACAAGGUCAGUUACCAAGAACAAGAAUCUCCCAGCUGUUUGUACCAAUUGCGAUGAAUCCAAUGAAUCGAACACGUCGUGUCUACUUACGACGUCCUUCAGAUCAGGAUGAUGGAAACGACGAGUCCCAAUCAGAUGAUGCUAGUCAAGCAAAUCGCGAACGUUAUCGUAAUUUCAUUCAAUCUUUGAUGACUGCAAAUCCACCAAAUGCUGAAGUUCAUAUUAUCAAUGCAAAUAUUUCAGUUCCAGUGCAAGCAACAACCGCAUCAACUCCAAUGGGUUCGAAUGAAAAUAUAAACAACACAACUGACUCAUCGUCACAAGCACGUGUCAAUUCUAAUACGCAACCAACGACUUCAACACAAACACGAUCAACAAGUCGACCGAUUUUAACUUCAACAACGUUGCCGCCAACAUCAAUUCCAUCAACAGCACAACAAACAUCAGCAACAGCUGCAUCGACAUCAACAAGAAGAAGUCGACGAAUUGUCGAUGAAAUUAAUAACAUAACAGAUGAAGAAUUGAAUCAUCGGUUCAGUUUGUUUGGAAUUCAAUUUUCAAUACGUGAUUUGGAUCAUUUGGAGCCGGCAUUCUUUAAUGCACAGCGAAGCGAUUUGCGAACAUUUUUACGACAAAAUUAUUUCGUGAAUGGUGAAAUUAAUGAAGAAACUGUUUCUGUUGCUAUUCGCGAUAUUCUUAGUGAGUUGGAUAAAUAUCUUGAACGCUUAUCAUCAUUUUCACAUCCGGAUUAUGAUGUUAGAAAAUCAAUUGAGAAUUUAAUCAUGAAAUCGUUGCCUUUCAUCAUAAAUCUAAUCACUGACGAUAACAGUAAUGACUUUGGUGUUAGAAUUGAACGACAACUUAUAACAUUUUGUGAGAAUGUUUACAUGAUUUUGGUGAAGUGCAUUGGAGUUCAUGAUACUGAAAAGUAUUUGAAUGACGUCGCUAACAUGGUGAUGACUGGUGAAAUUGAAAGUGUUGGAAAUUUAGGAAGAUUUCCACGUUACAUCAUUCAAACAUUUUUAAUUGAACGAAGAAGUUACGAUUUGAGUGAGAUUCAAGAAUUUCUCAUCAUAAAACGUCCAUCAGCACCGACGCCAAUUGUUUCACGAAAUGAACUGACUGCAAUGGAAGUUGAUGACGAACCGCAAACAAUGGAAGUUGAAGUUGCUGAUGAAGCUGGAAAUGUCAAUAUUCAAGCUGACGAUCUUUUAAAUGAACCUUUGCCACCAAUUGAAAGAGCAGAACCAUGGCAUGCACAAUUCCCUACAACUUGGCUUCCAAUUAUCACUCGAGACAUUGCACGACAGCAACGACAACCCCCUCAACGACCAUAUUCAGACGCAUACAUUUCGGGCAUGUCAUCAAAAAGACGUAAAGUCCUUCAAAGUAGAAAACCAUCAACGAAUGUUCAGCAAUUGGUUGCUGAAGGUGUUCGACAAGUUGUAUCAUCAACAAAGAAAGCAUCAACAUCGUCGGGUUCAUCUCGUAAUAAUCAACCACAAGUUGAUGAGAUUGUUGCUGCAAUUUCAAAUGAUCCUGCUGUCUUAAGUGCUUAUUGCGAUGAGGUCAAAGUUAACGUAUCACAAAGAUUAAAAGAUGAUCCCGAUUAUGACGAAGAAAAAUAUCCAAGUUCGUCAAAAGCAUUCAAAUAGUAAAAUGUAGUGCUCCGUUCUACCAAAAAACAUCAAACUGUUUUACUUCAUUGUUUUUUGUUGAAAUUGAGUUGAUUGGAAAAUGAAAUCUGGAGCAUGUUUUAGAGGGAAUUUUCUGCUAUUAUUAAAUUUUUGAUCUUUUUUUCAAAUCUAUGUCUUUCAUAUGGAUCGAUUUUGCUUAAGUGAAAUACUAAAUUAUAAUCUAAAUGUAAAAAUAUUUGCCUCAAUAAACUUACAAUUAAAAUUAUUCGGAAAGAGUAAAA